GGAAAUAAAGUAGGCCCUGGGUACGACGAGGUAAGCAUGCAUGCGAUUGCGUCAACGUUGAAGAUGUCGACCGAGAUGAGCAAUCUUUGGACUGGAAUUUGGUCCACAAAUAUCACCAAAAAUGCACCAUGAAUCAACCCGUGAUACAGAUGUUAUUCUCAUAUCGGACUCUGAAGUAGAGAUCAUCGAUCUGACGACCGACGACGUGGUCAUCGUGAACCCCGAAGAGCCAAACCUUAAACACCGAGAUUGUGAGCGGGUCGUCGGCGAUGAAGGGAUCGGUGUCAGACGGCCGAGUGACGGGGGACUCGCCGCUUGCCCCGGCGGUGUGAACGGAAUGGACAAAAUGGGUCUCUAUGGGUAUGCCAGUGACAGUCUUUCGCCCAAAAGGCAGGACCACAAUGACAUCAACAUCAUUUCAUCCUGCUCGUCAUGCUCGUCGGGCUUACCGGAGUUUAUAGAGGAGACAAACAAGCCCACAAAAUUGAAAAAGUCCAAGCAGAGAAAACCAGUUGUCAAUUGGACGUCAUCCGACGACAGUGACUCUGAGUUUGAGUUUGAAGAGAAAUUUUCACUCCCGAAGCAGAACCUGCGCAAGGUGAGGCGUGUGUUGAAUCACCGAAGAGGAACACCUAAGAAACCAGCCAUGUUGUCCCUGUCCAAGCCAGUCAGCCAUUUCCCCGUCUCCCUGUUCAACCAAGACAUGAAGCCCAAGUUGACCAACCUGCACCUCAAGCACGGAUGGACCUCUGAGUCGGAGCCAUCGUCACCGUCGUCGCCAGAGAGUGACUCGGACCUCCUGAAUCCUUGCUCGUUCCUGUUGAGUCGCCAGCAAGUGCGAGCAGCCUCCCCAAUCUUGGUGGACCUGUACCCAUCUAUCGCGGUCAAGGGAUGCAAGCGGGAGGUAGCCCCAAGCAGUCCGGCGAGACCCUUGAAGAAGAGUAGAAUGGUCCAACAUGGUGUCAUCACCAGAGAGAGUGGCACUGACAAAAUGAAAAUCUCCACAUCACCUCAGCAAGACAAACUGUUGAAAAAUCUCAGCAAGCCGCUGCUGACCUUGUCUGACUUUUCAAAUAGUGAGGACGAGUUUGAACCCUGCACUAAGCGUGUCAUGCACACACCAUCCAAGCAGAGCUGGCUCAAUGGAACGUCACCUCACAAGACCUCGCAGCCAGGCUUGCCGCGGCCUUUUAAAAAGGAAGACAGAUUAGUAGGCACACCCAUUCACAUCAGUGUUAAGGAUGUGAAAAGGGGAGCUGGGAGGGACGUAUCAGUGGCUGGAAAUGGAAAAAACAAAUUACGGAACACCAGGGCCAAUUCAACUGUCAUUUUGGACUUCUGCCAGCGACAGCGUGACAUGAUAGAAGCCGUUGUUGAUGAGAGCUUCAUUGACGAUUCCAUUGUGCUCAUCCGCGACUUUGCCACUUUACACCGCGGAGCCCCGAAGGAGUACAUGAUGUACCUCCUCAAAGACGUGCUUCUUGCCGACGGAACAGAAGACAACACCGUCCUGAGCGCGUAUGAAGCCUUGAUGCAUAUACACGGUCUGCAUCCCACCGCUGCCACCAGUUUAACCAUCGACUGGGACCUGGUCACCACCAUCGUCAAGAAGCUGAAUCUGGAAACCAAAUCAGACUCCGCCGAGACCCCGCGCCUAGCCCACGUUCUUGCCUUGCAAUUUGUCGUCGUUGUCCUCGUGGAUGAUUUCAAAACAGCUAGAAGGAAAGAGAAAUCCUGCCUGUAUGCUCUGCUGUCAGUAGACAUGUGCCUGGCAAACGUCCGCACCUUAAUACAGUGGAUAUGCGGAACCAUAACCAAGAAGCUCAUACAGAGCCCCGCCAAGCCGGAAACCGAACAGAAACCAGAACAGGAAACCCCCACAGAGGAUCGGAACGUUUGGCAAUUCCUGCAGCAGUUCACCAAGGAGACCCCUGAAACCAUACCAUGCAAAUCCAAAGAAACUCGCCCGCAAUAUCCGUUGUCAGAAGGCUACCUCAGUGUCUUACAUCUGCUCCAGAAACUGCUGCUUCUCAGUUUCGCUACGGGUAAGAGCGACAGCGCUCUCAAAAUCGCCGAGGAGUUUCUCUACCCUUAUCUCUACAUUCCGAGCUUGCAACUCAGGAAAAUAUGUCUACAAACGAUGACCUGUGACCAAGUCAGGUCAAAGGUUAUAGAACUCUUGCUGGAGAACCUCUGUGAGCUGAACAGUAGCGAGCAACAAGGCGUGCUGUCCGUCCCUAAAAUAGUCACCUGCCUCUUCAAGUCCCGCCCCAUGCGAGUCGGCGAGUUUGUGCUCGCAGAGCGCGAUGUCAACGCGACCGAGAAGCGGAGAGUCCGGUCUCCUAGCGACGGGAUGCGGGAGAUAAAGGGGGAGGAGUGUGAGGAACUGGCCAUGUUGCUGUUCUCUCUCCUGCAAAGCUACAUCCGAAACAAGAAAGCUCACGCGCUGCAGACAGUCAGCCACGAUGCCCAGCCGUCCUACAGCCCUGACGAGUUCUCCCCGAACUCCCUGCCGUCAAAACCGUCCCACCCUGCCGCCGAGACCGGGCUGAGCAUGGAGGACAGGGAGUGCCUUCUUCAGAUGGGCGAUCACGCCGAGGCACUGGAGACCCGACUGAGAAGCCACUGCGAGAAGCUGACUAUGAGGACCCGACUUUACCUGGCCCAGAUUGAGAGCAUGAGGGAACUGGCUUGACGACAAGGGAAACCAGACUUGACCUUUUAAUGCAAGGGAUUGGGUGCUACAGAAACGUGUGUGUGUGUUGAUUAGAAAGUAGUCUAGGUGCCAGAUUUCAGUUAGUCUCGGUCUGAGUCUGGAUUUUUAUUUUGUUUACCUCAUGCAGCAGUAGAGGGCGCUAUCUAGUCUAGUCUUGGGAAAUAUGGCAUUGGAACCAGAGAAAUUGCAGAUAUACCUCAUGCUCACAUUGGCUGAAAUGUGGAUCGCGUGAGAUAUGCUUGGACGAAGACUAACGAUUGAGUGCAAAAGAAAUGGACUCUGUGCACAAAUACCCUCUUUAAUGUGACCGGGGUAGAGUUAUCAUGACCGAUUUACAUGUACAUGGCUACAAAUGCCAUAGACACAUGCGUAAAUUGCUGACUGCAAGCAAAUAAUCCAGACGCGGCUUAAGACCAAUUCUCUGCCUCAGUGCACCAAAUGCCCACAGGAAUAUGUCAUUUUCAUGCUUAUGCACAGCGCCAACGGACCCCAUGCAUAGGGGAUGUUAAAGGCAAUGCUCAUUUUUCACCUAGGAAAGGCAUGACUGAUGCUUAAACGUUACCCACUAAUUUUUUAAAAAACCAUACCUCUCAAAACUGUCUACACCCCGCGGUAUUGUAGUCCGAGUAUCAUCCGUUGUUCAACAAAGCCUGUUUGGUAUUCAAUGUCUGGUAUACAUGUAUGUGAGCAUGCAAAUUUUAUGCGACCCCGCUUGCCGGCCAAUCAGAGUAGACUUAAGAAAUUGUGACUCCAUUCGAUCAGAAAUGUGGACUAAGCUGUUGAUUGGUCAAUUUGGCUGUCAUGUUUUUGUAAUACAGUUUUGUACAACAGCGGGUUACUGAAGUCCCGAUAUAGAAGCCUCUCGCUGAAUAAUCAAAAUCUCGAGGUCAAGACACAGUCUUGUUUUGUAUAAUUAAUCGCCAAAUCUGCUCGCGUAUUUAUAGACCCUUGCUGUGCAAGGGGAUAUUCCACAGACGACGGUAUUCCCGCAAAACCUGAAAUCUGAACUUACCUCAGAAUGCGUUUGUAGUCAAAAUGAGUUCAGCCGUUUUGACUGGUAGACUCACGACGGGUGUAGAUUUGCUUGUUAAGAGAACCAUUUCAUUAUUAUUAUUAAUCAUUUCUGGUAAUGAAACCAAGGAUUCCUCAAAAGCGCCCAAGGCACUGUAGCACGCAAGCCUGAAGAAACCUGUGGA